GAAGACGAGGCUUUCAUGCUGGAACUGACCUCAGGCAAGCUCGAGCUUCUGGAAUAAAAGCGAACGGGAGAGGCGCGCACGCAGGAGGGCUGCAGAGGGGCCGCCUCCCGCACCUCCCCUCCGCGAGCCGUCUCGGGGCGCCCCGGCCCUCCCUGCCCCGUCUGCCCACUCGUCUCGUCCCCUCCCCCGCUCCCCGGCGCCCCUCGGCCCGGGCCUGCCCGACCCUCCCACGACUGCUGGGUCCAAGGCGUGAAGGCUGUGUGGGAGCUGGUUCGUGGAAGCAGGCACCCUUUCCCAUCCAGUGGACGGAGAGGAUUUGCUCGCGGAAUCCGAGUGAGGGAAGCACCGAAGCGAAACUUUCAAAAGGGACUCCUGCCCUCCGGGAGCCGCGGGCGAUGCGACUCGGGCCGCCGGCCGCCGCCUCCGCCCGCCGAGCGUCGCCCUUCCCGGCUGUCCAGAACUUGUUCUGAUCGGCGGCGCUCCCCUUCCUCCCCCCGCCGCCUUCGGAUCCCCGCGCCCCACCUCUCUGCACCUUGGAUAUGUUUGCUCCCAAACCUGGAUAUUUUUUUGAUAUCGUGAAACUACGAGGGAAGUAACUGCGGGGCUUUCUUGUCGGCUGCCUGCUUCUCUCUGUCCUCCCCACCCCCACCCCCCACGGACAUGCCUUCGGUUUGGGGAGCGCACGCACCGGGUCCUAGGCGAUCGAGCACCCCCCAGGCUUCGGGGAGCCGAGGGAAGCGAAUCGCUGCCGCGGAAUGAAAGCUCUGCCCGUCCGUCCUCUCCUCUGCCAUUCGUCCUUUGAGACUGCAUUGUGAUCGGGGGCGGGUGCCGGAGCCGUCCGACGACGGGGGAGACCAGCCGAGCCCCCCACGCCCGUCUUGCCUACUCGCCGACCGCCUGCCUGCCUGCGCUCGGCCGAGCCCGGGAUGCCUCCCUCGCGGCCGCGGCCCCUGCGGGUGCCCUGGCUGCUGGGGGCCGUCCUGCUGGUCAGCACCGCGGCCGCUUCCCAGAAUCAAGAACGGCUGUGUGCAUUUAAAGAUCCAUAUCAGCAGGACCUUGGGAUAGGAGAGAGUCGUAUCUCUCAUGAAAAUGGGACAAUACUGUGCUCGAAGGGCAGCACUUGCUAUGGUCUUUGGGAGAAGUCAAAAGGGGACAUAAACCUUGUGAAACAAGGAUGUUGGUCUCACAUUGGAGAUCCUCAAGAGUGUCAUUUUGAAGAAUGUGUAGUAACUACUACCCCUCCCUCAAUUCAGAAUGGAACAUACCGUUUCUGCUGCUGUAGCACAGAUUUGUGUAAUGUCAACUUCACCGAGAAUUUUCCACCUCCUGACACAACACCACUCAGUCCACCUCAUUCAUUUCAUCGAGAUGAGACGAUAAUCAUUGCUUUGGCAUCGGUCUCCGUGUUAGCUGUUUUGAUAGUUAUCUUAUGCUUUGGAUACAGAAUGUUAACAGGAGACCGAAAACAAGGUCUUCACAGUAUGAAUAUGAUGGAGGCAGCAGCGUCAGAGCCCUCUCUUGACCUAGAUAAUUUGAAACUUUUGGAGCUAAUUGGCCGGGGUCGUUAUGGAGCAGUUUAUAAAGGUUCCUUAGAUGAGCAUCCAGUUGCUGUGAAAGUGUUUUCCUUUGCAAAUCGUCAAAAUUUCAUCAAUGAGAAGAACAUUUACAGAGUGCCUUUGAUGGAACAUGACAACAUCGCUCGCUUUAUAGUUGGCGAUGAGAGGGUCACAGCAGAUGGACGCAUGGAGUAUUUGCUUGUGAUGGAGUACUAUCCCAAUGGAUCUCUAUGCAAGUAUUUGAGUCUCCAUACAAGUGACUGGGUAAGCUCUUGCCGUCUGGCUCAUUCUGUGACUAGAGGACUGGCUUAUCUUCACACGGAAUUACCACGAGGAGAUCAUUAUAAACCUGCAAUUUCCCAUAGAGACUUAAACAGCAGAAAUGUCCUGGUGAAAAAUGAUGGUACCUGUGUUAUUAGUGACUUUGGCUUGUCCAUGAGGCUGACUGGAAACAGGCUCGUACGCCCAGGGGAGGAAGAUAAUGCAGCCAUAAGUGAGGUUGGUACAAUCAGAUACAUGGCACCAGAAGUGCUAGAAGGAGCUGUGAACCUAAGGGACUGUGAGUCGGCUUUGAAACAAGUAGACAUGUAUGCGCUUGGACUAAUCUAUUGGGAGAUAUUCAUGAGAUGUACAGACCUCUUCCCAGGUGAAUCUGUACCAGAGUACCAGAUGGCUUUUCAGACAGAAGUUGGAAACCAUCCCACUUUUGAAGAUAUGCAGGUUCUUGUUUCUAGGGAAAAACAGAGACCCAAGUUCCCAGAAGCCUGGAAAGAAAACAGCCUGGCAGUGAGAUCACUCAAGGAGACUAUAGAAGACUGCUGGGACCAGGAUGCAGAGGCCCGGCUCACCGCACAGUGUGCUGAGGAGAGGAUGGCUGAACUUAUGAUGAUAUGGGAAAGGAACAAAUCUGUGAGCCCAACAGUCAAUCCAAUGUCUACUGCUAUGCAGAAUGAGCGCAACCUGUCACAUAACAGGCGUAUGCCAAAAAUUGGCCCUUACCCAGAUUAUUCUUCUUCCUCAUACAUUGAGGACUCUAUCCAUCACACUGACAGCAUUGUGAAGAAUAUUUCCUCUGAGCAUUCGAUGUCCAGCACACCUUUGACGAUAGGGGAGAAGAACCGAAAUUCAAUUAACUAUGAACGGCAGCAAGCACAAGCUCGAAUCCCCAGCCCUGAAACCAGUGUCACCAGCCUGUCCACCAAUACGACGACCACAAACACCACUGGUCUCACUCCAAGUACUGGUAUGACUACUAUUUCUGAGAUGCCAUACCCAGAGGAAACCAAUCUUCAUGCCACAAAUGUUGUACAGUCAAUCGGGCCAACCCCUGUCUGCUUACAGCUGACAGAAGAAGACUUGGAGACCAACAAGCUAGACCCAAAAGAAGUUGAUAAGAACCUCAAAGAAAGCUCUGAUGAGAAUCUCAUGGAACAUUCUCUUAAACAGUUCAGUGGGCCAGACCCAUUAAGCAGUACCAGUUCUAGCUUGCUUUACCCACUCAUAAAGCUUGCAGUAGAAGUGACUGGACAGCAGGACUUCACACAAGCUGCAAAUGGCCAAGCAUGUCUAAUUCCUGAUGUUCCACCUGCUCAGAUUUAUCCUCUCCCCAAGCAACAGAAUCUUCCUAAGAGGCCUACUAGUUUGCCUUUGAACACCAAAAAUUCAACAAAGGAACCCCGGCUAAAAUUUGGCAGCAAGCACAAAUCAAACUUGAAACAAGUAGAAACUGGGGUUGCCAAAAUGAACACAAUCAAUGCAGCAGAACCUCAUGUGGUGACAGUUACUAUGAAUGGUGUGGCGGGAAGAAGCCACAAUGUUAAUUCCCAUGCUGCCACAACACAGUAUGCCAAUGGAACAGUACCAUCUGGCCAGACAACCAACAUAGGGGCACAUAGGGCCCAAGAAAUGCUGCAGAAUCAGUUUACCAGUGAAGACACCAGACUGAAUAUUAAUUCCAGUCCUGAUGAGCACGAGCCUUUACUACGACGAGAGCAGCAGGCUGGCCAGGAUGAAGGUGUUCUGGAUCGCCUGGUGGACAGGAGGGAACGGCCAUUAGAAGGUGGCCGAACUAAUUCCAAUAACAAUAACAGCAAUCCGGGUCCAGAACAAGAUGUUCUUACACAAAGUGUUCCAAGCACAGUUACAGAUCCUGGGCCAUCAAAACCCAGAAGAGCACAGAGGCCUAAUUCUCUGGAUCUUUCAGCCACAAAUAUCCUGGAUGGCAGCAGUAUGCAGAGUGAGUCAACACAAGAUGGCAAAUCAGGAUCUGGUGAAAAGAUCAAGAAACGUGUGAAAACUCCCUAUUCGCUGAAGCGGUGGCGUCCCUCCACCUGGGUCAUCUCCACUGAACCACUGGACUGUGAGGUCAACAACAAUGGCAACGACAGGGCAGUUCAUUCCAAAUCCAGCACUGCUGUUUACCUUGCAGAGGGAGGCACUGCCACAACCAUGGUGUCUAAAGAUAUAGGAAUGAACUGUCUGUGAAAUGUUCUCAAGCCUACGGAGUGAAAUUAUUUUUUUGCAUCAUUUAAACAUGCAGAAGAUAUUUAAAAAAAAAAAACUGCUUUGUCCCCUUGUCAGUACCCCCUUCCUGAUCCUGCAACCAGGACUUGCUUUAAAUAGAUUUCAGCUAUGCAGAAAAAUUUAGCUUAUGCUUCCAUAUUUUUUAAUUUUGUUUUUUUUUAAUUUUUGCACUUUUGUUUAGUCUUGCUAAAGUUAUAUUUGUCUGUUAUGACCACAGAAUUAUAUGUGUGUGUAUCAAAAGUGGUCUCAAAAUAUUUUUUUAAGAAAAAAAAAGCAAAAACAACAUAUUGCUGAUAAUCAGUUUGGACCAGUGUCUAGAGGUCAUUAAAACAGAAGCAAAUUAAGACAGGUUUGACUGCAGUGGUGUCUGAUAUUCAUGUUUUAUUUCUGGGCACAAGCUAGUCUGUGUGUUGAUAUGUUCCUGAACAUACUCUCUGUUGGAUGUUCUUUUCUCUUGUGUUUUGUUUGAAUGUGCAAUAGUCUGUAGGCCACAAAUAAGCUUUCUUGUAAGCUCUCUUCCCAAUGGGUUACACAUUCUUCCAUAAGAUGAACGCCUUUCUUCCCCAUCUCCCAUACUUUUUGUGGGUCAGUUCUUGACAGUGAAUUUUGCACAGGAGAAAGCGUUAUUUCUUGCUUUCUCUCUCCUUAGCAUGGAGAAUGCAGAAAUAUAAUUUCAAAGGGCUCGAAAAAAGGAACUACAAAAAUCUAAUUUGAAAAUGCCAUUUCUUUUUACCUUCCAAAUUCUAAGCUUUUUUUUUUUUUUUUUAAUAUUUGGUUCUGGUUUUAGAAGUGUGUAAGAGCAUAGAACAAAAUAUAGGAAAUAAACUAUCAGUCUUAUUUUCCAUUUUAUUUUAUUUAUAUAUAUAUAUGUUCAUGUUCCAUAUUCAUUUUUAUCCAAAAACAAAGCUGUACUGAUAAAAUUUUUUAAUAGGUUGAUGGUUAAAGCAGUGUAGUAUUACAGCUGUCUGAAUAGGCCAUCUUUGACUCAAAUAAAAUUACAUUUCUUGUUUAUUAUCAUUUCUGAAGUAGUUCCUAGUAUUCAUCCUGCAGUAUCUUUUAUGAUGUUCCUAAGACAAAGUGACUUUGUCGGAAGAUGACUCCUCUUCCCAUGACCUAAAACACUGUGGAAAAACCACUCAACUGGCCCGCCAGAUCUCCCCGGGAGAAAGCAUCGCUGCCAAACCUGCCCUGAUCCAGCAGAGUGAGACUUGACUUUUCUAAGUUCUGUGUUUCUUUGCUAAUCUUGUUUUCAUAAUUUCUCCUUUGUGCCAGUUCUUCACAUGACCUUUGAUAUGUGAAGAACACUUAUUUAUAUUAGAGGACACUUUUUAGUGAUAACAUGUCCUUGAAAUCAUAUUGUUUUUAAAAGCUUUGUUUUGCUUCUUUCAUUGUUAAUCAUCUUCUCCAAAACAACCUCAGCAUGCUUUUUUAAAAAAAAUAAUAAAGCACUUUUUCUCAAAUAAGGCUUCUUUCCUAAACUCUAAGCACAAAUUAUUUUCUGUCAGUUUGCAAAUAUGAUCAUCUCACUUUUUUUCUCAGAAUACUUACUAGACAUUUUUUUGAUGAGAGAUUUCUUGGGAAGGAAAAAAAAGUUAGCAGUAAGACACACACUCCCAAAUUCUUGAUUUAGAUUUUUGUAUCAUGAGUAAUGUUUUCUCACUCAUUUUGCUGUGACUUUACCAGUAAGGUAAAUUUCCAGCUAUUCCUAAAUUUCCUAGUUUAUUGUUCUAAAAAUGCUUCCUUUACGUGCUGCCUUCUAUUAUCUUAUGAAUUAGUGUAUGAUAGCACUUUUUAUUUAUCCAGCUGGAUUGCUGAACAUGGUUCUCAAUCAUUAUAAUUAAGAUUAUUUUACUAAUGCCCUGGAUUUCCAUCUUUUAUGUUUUAUUACCGUUCUCUUGAUUCAUAUCCUCACUAUAUUCUUGCCAUGUGCUUCUUCUCAUAUAAUUAUCAUUUUUUAUCUAUAUAAUAAAUUGUUUGCUUCUUCCUCCAGUAAAUAUUCACCUAGUUCUCUCUUUUUAAGAUGUCUUUCAAAUGCAUUUCACGAUACACUUUUCAAGGCUUUACAGGACAACUUUGAAUCAAAAUAAAUUGUUCUUUCUCCAGUUUGCAGCAUUUGAGGUCUAACUGAUCUUUUCCUGCCAGAAGCAUUAGGUUACAUGUUAUGCUGUAUUUUGUAUUUGGGCCAGUUGAUUGUAAGUUUUCCACCAUUUUAACAUGUUUCAUAAUAUAAUGCUUUAAAAAUUAAUAUACCGGAUUAGAAAACCUGUGUAGUUUCCAGUUUUAUGCAAACAUAUUUAAAACAAAUAAUUUGCCUUCCCCAGUUUUUGAAAGUAGACCCUGAAAAAUGGGAAAAGUAAAAAAUUAUUGAUAAUCUUAAUUAAUACACAUAAGACUUUUAAAGUGUUAUGUGCAAGCAAAAUCGCUUUAAUGACUUGAAUUACUCACAUGCUAACUUUAUUCAUCUGAAAACAAAUAUUUCCAAAAGUGAUAUCUAACCACUAAUCAUAAAAUUUUACAUAUAAAAAAGCAUUUGAUUUUUUCUGAAUAAAAAGCUAGUCAGCUAAAAAUUCUGAAAUUAAUGUCACUGGGUAGUAAACUUCAUAUAGCCAACUUUAAAAUAGGUCACCAAAGACUAAUAUUAGUUUCUUAACAAAAUCCUAAUUAAGUACAUUUCGAUCACUGAACAGGUUUAAUUUGCAUUAUGUUUUGAAAACAAUUAUAGUUAAUUCUAAAAACUUUUUAUAAAUGCAUAAUUGGAAAAGAACACUUUAUGUAGAAAGUUGUAGGAAGGUACAUAUUGAAUGCUUGGUUAUGCAUGUGCUAUUUCUUUCAGCCAUAUGGGAGUUACAGCUAAUUCUCUCAGUUUAUAAAUUAUUAAGAGAGGCUAAGUUACUUGCCAAGGGCUACAUCUAGUAAUAAACAAACCUGGGAUUUUAAUCUAGAUGCACCCUUUUCCACAUUUUUUUAUCCACCCUACACUGCCGACAUACUGCGUGAUAGGAUGGAUGUGUGAUGUACUGGCAUUCUGUAAGCGAUUCAGUCAUGCAUUACCACAGUUGUAUUUGGUAUGUAAGCCAAACCAGAUACCUUAAUGAUAUUUUAAGUUAGGCAAACAUAAGAUGUGUGCUGUACUUACUGUUACUUGAGAUACAAUUACUAAAUCAAGACAAAAUUGAGUCCUACAUUUAUCAUCAUAGCCCUUAAAAUCAUCUCACUUCAUUCCUCUAACAUUUUUAUAUUGCAAAAAUGAAGGUAAAAUAAGUCUUAAGGGAGAAGGGAAGAUAGCUUUUAGAAAUAGAAACUUUUUUUUCCCUGAUUUGAUUCCAUACUAGAGUCAGAGGAAUAAACAUUAAAUUGCAUUCUCAUCCAUCCUUGACUCAAUUUUCAAAUUUUUGUUUUAGUAAUUUUAGAAAAUGUACUAACCCAGAAAUGUAGGAUGCAGGAAAGACAUGGAUAAUGUCCAUUUUCCAAAGCAUUUUAGUGUAGCUUCCUUACAUGUACCCACUUGUUCCAGAAAACGUACAUUCGUUUUUAAUGUAAACAUAAUUAGGAAGAAACAUAAGUGUUUCAGUGGAAAUUAUUUAAAAAUUUAGCAGAUAUUUUUACAGUGUUUUUUUACUUUGGCUCUAAUGCCAGCUGCAGUACCUAGUUGGCUAUAGCAUAUCUCCCUCUUGAAAAGUUUUUCAAUGUUUUUUUGAACUUAUGGACAUGAAUAUUUCAUUGGAGACCAUUAGCUCCUAAUCCUUGAUAUUACAUUAUAGUUCUAUACAACAUUUUAUAAAUUUAUGUUGAACUUAGUGCCAGUUAUAAGCAGGUUAUUAUGUAGCUAUUCAUGGAUUGCUUUAUGUAAUAUUUUCUCUUCCCAGAUAACUCCUUAAAGUUAGAAUUGGUUCACACAUGUUAGUUGAUUAUCUAGACCAGUCAUUCUCAGAAUUGUGUGACUCCCUUACACUGCAGGAGUCUCUUGCAGAGUGGGAUAUUUAUAAAGAUCUGUGCAAUUUACUGACAGUGCACUCUUCAGCAAAAUUGCAUUUUAACUUUUAGCUACAAACUAUGCAAAAUUUUACCCAAAACGAUCUUUCAUUCUUAAGUAAAUCUGGCAAAUCAUUGUUUGAGACAGUUAUACAAAAGUUAGUAUCAGAAGAAGCCAUUUUUACAAGUUUCAAGGUCAAAAAGAAAACACAGGGUACUCUAGUGUGCCUAUCCAUUACUUUCCUUAAAUCACCUCAUGGUUUAUGACUUAACCUGCACUGCUCCUCAGUUAUCUGACUUGCAGUCUUGUGUGUCAGGAAGUUUUCAUAUUUGUUCUGUUCCUAUUACCUAGUAGGAAAAAAGGGGAAUCAUUGUCCCUGUCUGUCAUUCUUCAGGGUUCUUGGCUAACGUCUGAGUCUCAGUUCUACAGAGAAAAACACUUUAGUUCCUUCCAUCUUUUUCUUCCCAGUCCUAUUUUAAUGGCUUUAUUUAUAUUUAAGAAAACUUAAAAAUAUGUUAUAUUCAUUAUUCCAGUUAAGUAAUAGUUCAAUAGUUUGAUAGAAUUGAGAGUUAAGAUGUUAUUGUUUGACCUUGGAUUCAGCUAUCAAACUACCGGCAAGCAGCAUUUAAUUUUUGUAUUAUCUAACAUUUUCUAUUAAAUUGUUGAGUUUUAUGAUAAUGAAAAAGUCAUGCACACAGGAUUGUACAUCAUCACCAUUAGAAAUUUUAACCUAUAUUGCAGGAGCUUAGUGUUAUGAUUGAGCCACAAUGUCUUACAUAUUUCUUUGUAACCAAUAUUAACACUAAAUGCAAGAUUAAUUAUCAAAAGCAAGCUGUAUAAUAAAGAAAAAUUAUCUAUGAACAAUUUUGUAGACCACUUUUGAAAUACUUACUGUUUGCAACAUAGCCUGGACUAGAACAACUUUAAGUUUUCAGUGACUGUUAAAAGUUGAAUGUCCACAUAAAGAGAAGUUAGAAGUUUGGAUCAUCACAGAUGCUUUUGAAAGGAAAUAUUUCAGAGGAAUUUAUGCUGUAUGACAAAAUUACACCCCAAAUAAACCUAUGAUAUCUUAAAAAUUCUAAUUCUUUUUUACUAUGAUGUUAGUAUUACUAUUGAACAUUGUAAACAUGCUCAUUCAUUUUUAAAACUUAAUUUGAAAUGCAAGUGCGAAUUUAGAUAGAAGGACUCUUUAGAACUAAAUCACAUAAACAGGGCAUCCAGUUUAUGAUGAAAUUUUAAAGCAGACUAUUAAAUUUAAAGCUACAGCUUGAUUUUUCUCUCCCCCAAAUUUUAAAGCACCACAUGUGAAGUUUUUUCCAUUUUAUGUAUACUUUGAGAUUUCAGAAACAUCUUAAUGUUUUAUAUUCACUCUAUAGAUACAAUGUUACUUAAAAACUCAGGGCCCCUUUCAUCUCUUAGUGCGUUGAAAAAGUUCAACUGAGAGCAGUUAGAUCUGGUUGAAAUUUUUAAGUGUUGGUUGCACAGUUCAUUUAGUGUUUCAUCUUACGAUUUUACUUAAUUCACAUAGACAUAAUAUCAGAUUUCAUUCAUCAUAAUAGCUUGCCAAGUUCUUAUAAUUACUGAAUAUAGGGAAUGACUCAACUAAUUGGUUACAUGUUGCAGCAAAUUUAGGCCUUAGAGUUACAGCACUCACUUGAAACCAUUUUGCUUAAAUAAUUAUACAUGAUGGGACAAAUCAUUUUAUUUUGUUUUUUAGUAAGAGGACUUAAGCUAGUUUCAUGUGAAGUAAAAUUUUCUCAAGAAAUCAUUGAUAAAACUUUUUCUAAAAGUAAAUUAUUAAGUUUAUAGCUUCAGGAAUGGCUUGGAUGAUUUUGAGAAGGUGAUGUAUGGUAUGGUAAGCCAAAUAGAAUUUUUCUUUGAGUAAGACAAGUUCAAGCUCUAAAUUGGUAUGCUGUAUAUUUAGAAUUCUAGUGUUGAAGUUAUUUGUAAACAGUGUGUCGCAGGCGCUCUACCAAUCCUCUAAAAUGUUAAAGAAACAUUUUAAAACAAGUUUAUUGGUAAGAAAAACUAAAUUACUAAAAGAUGCAAUUCAAAGAUAGGUCCCACUUUAACAUUAAAUUGUUUGACUUGUGUGACUUUUCUUUUUCUGGUCACAUUUAUUUAUUUAAGCAAUUUUUAUAUGCCUUUAUUGUUUUGUUUCCAUAGAGAUUAUAUUGUGUAAGUGUUUGUAUAAGCUGGAAUCAUUUUUAGUUUUCUGUUGAUAAGUUUUCAAAUGAAGAUACAUGAAUAAAUGUAAAAUACACUAAGCUUUAGGGUGUUGUGGUAGCUGAAACAUGGAGUUUUGUAGCUGCUAUGCUUUUUCUGAAUGGACAGGAGAAACAUAAGCUGCAGAGUAUUCAUUUCUGAGGGUGCUUUUCUGGAGAAAGAAAGGCUGAAAAAUAUUGGCACUUCCUCAGAACCCUCUUUGUUGUUAACGGGUAUCUUUUGUUGGUGUGUUUUGCUCUUACAUUUCAGAUAGACUAUCAUAUAUAAAUUUAUGAAAAAUUACUUUCAGUUACUUUGCUUUUGUAUAAUCCAUCUGAGACCUUGCUAUGCUGUGUAAGUUGUGUUUGAUGGAUCAGUGUGAGUAUGAAAUAAAUUUCUUUUGUAUUAUCUAUGGAUGCCACUAUGAAAGCUGACAUUAAGCCACUAAAGAGUUUUCUAUGAAUAAGUGUAAGUAAAUGCUUUGAUAUAUAUAAACCGAAAUAAAAAGAUUGUAUUGAUACAGAGACAUUGGAGAAGGAGCCUAUAAGACAGUUCUUUAGGUUUAAAAACAAAAAGGCUUGCUGUAAAAUGGUGACUAUUCCAUUUAUUAAAGAUCAUAUUAAUGA